GAUGGGCGGGACAAUGGGGCUCAGUUUUCAGUCGGUUACGACUGUCACAGCCCUGAUCUCGAGCAGCUAUUGGCUCCUGUCUGCCUCCACGUCACAAUCAUGAUUAGAAUUGAUGAUCGGACGUUUUGAUUUCAUUGUCUGGCGAAGGGAGUCGGGAAGAAAUCUGCUGAAUUCGAGCGUUCGUUUGAUUUGUCAACAAAAAAGUUGCCCUGUUUCUUGUCUUCCAGAACCUACUGGGCCUGCUCACUUCAAACUAACAAGCAGACAAGGGAGGCAGUGAGUCAGGGAAUGCCAUGCAGCCUGCAAACCGCCACAAAACCCCAGGAUGCUAGAACCAGGGUUCUAGCGUUAGUGUUGUAGCCAGGCAGCGUCAAAAGAGAAUACCAGACAGCUGACCUGAGAAGAGGCUGAUUUUUCUGUUGACUUGCACAAUGGUGGAUGAAUCCUUGCUCUGUUGACCAGUCGUGCGCACUAGCUGGCUGUUUCUGUAUGCAAAAGGGUAGACUGACUUGAGGGGUCUUGUCAAAUAAAGCCUGGCCUUUUCGCGUUGGAUUACCUGGUGUGCCACAUUCCUGCUCCUGUGGAAGUAUGGAAGCAUGGCAGGAAAAGAGAAGCAUGCAGAAUAUGAAUCUGCGCUCUGUGUUCACUGCUGAGCAGCAGCAAAUCCUGGAGCGCUAUUACGAAAAUGGGAUGACCAAUCAGAGCAAAAGCUGCUUCCAGCUUAUCCUGCAGUGUGCCCAGGAGACCAAGCUUGACUUCAGUGUGGUCAGGACAUGGGUGGGCAACAAGAGGCGGAAGCUGGCGUCCAAGAUGGAUCAGAACGGGAGCGUGGCUCAGGGCCCUCCCAGCCACAGUCUGGUGGGGAGUGGACCAGGAGCGCUAGUGGCGGGGGUGGUUUUGACUCCAGAGAUGGCGGCGGCACGGAACGUACAAAGGGGGGCAACCGUCACUCACCUCCUUCCCCCCGUCUCGUCGUCAUCUUCGUCGUCGUCCUCCUCCUGCUCCCCUCACAGCAGCGGCAGUGGACACAGCAACAAUAAUAACAACAAUGACGUGAUUGUGACGGGGAUCUAUUCCCUAAGCCGCGCCUCCAGCCGCCCCGAGUCCUCCACUCACGCCAGGACUGCUGCUAAAGCCCCGCCUCCCCCGCGGACGGAGGCGGAGCUGCCCAUCCAGAUCCAUGUCGGCCCUGCUCUGCACACAGACAGCCCUCCCCUUCACACUAAGGCAGUCUCUCUCCCCCGAAAAGCCCCCCAACACAGCCCCGCCUCUGGCCCUGCUCUGUACAGCCAGGUAAGGAAACCCUAUUCCCCAGGAGACUCGGCCGGCAUGCCCCGAUCUUGGGCCAGGCAGUACGGCCUGCCCCAGUCCCAGCCCUGGCCUUUUCCCUCGCAGUCUCAAUCCCAGCCUGCCCCGGCGGGCACGGCAGCCCACUCCAGUCCCCAGGUGGGGGACCCCGGCGUCAGGAUCCAGCAGGUUUUCACCCUGGCGGCCCUUGGCGAUGGACAGUACAGACCCCAGUCUGGGAGCAGUCAUCCGCGGGGUCAGAUUAAGACACGGCCGCCCGACACAACCGGGUGCUUCUCCAUCGCCAUGGAGACGGGGGACGCUGACGAUGAGUACGCCAGGGAAGAGGAGCUGGCGAACAUGGGUGCGCAGGUCCAGAUGUCUCAGAGCAGCAGUGGUGGGGGUGACACCGGUGGCGGCACGGGGACAGGCUCGCUCCCACGCAGGGACAGUCCGGGAGUCCCCGCAAUGGCAAGGAAUCCGGCUGCUGUCAACCCCCCGAAUUCUGAACCCUUUGGGGGAAAGGGGUACCAGGCUCCCUCAUCGUCUCCUCACUGUCCCCCCAGACUCAGCUCCUUCUACAGUGGCACAACCUCACGCAGCAGCAGUGGAAGCAGCAGCAGCUAUCCGGUCAGGGUGCCCUUUCAGGGCUCUGGGCAGAUGAUGCCCAGUCUUCAGCAGGCUUCCAGCACUCUCUGCGCUCCUUGGAUUACCAGUAACUCCCGGAAAAGAACGCUACAGGACAGGACCCAGUUCAGUGACAAGGACCUGCACACGCUGAAGAGGUACUGGGACAACGGCAUGACCAGCCUGGGCUCGGUCUGCAGGGAGAAGAUCUCCGCUGCGUCCACAGAGCUCAGCGUAGACAGCGAGAUUGUUAAGACCUGGAUUGGCAAUCGCCGCAGGAAGUACCGUCUGAUGGGCAUUGAGAUCCCGCCCCCAAAGGGAGGUCCUGCUGUCUUCACAAACCAAUCAGAGACAGAGUCACCCCGCUGCUUGACUCCGGAGGUGGACGAAGUGAAGACCCCUGAGCCAGGGGAAGACAGUGAGAGGAACGAUGAAGUGUCCAUAUGUCUCUCUGAGGAUGGCACCAGCGACACCUACCAGAGAGAGGAGGGUGGCGACGGUGAUGGAGAGACCAACAGCACUACCCUAGCUGACAAUGUGAAAAUUGAAAUCAUUGAUGAUGAAGAGGAGGAGGAGGAUGAUGGAGACGUGAGUGGCUCAGACAUGGAGCAGCUGCAGAAUCUCUUGGAGUUUAAGCACGAAGAGGUACGGUACCUUGAGAGCGAGCUAGAGAACCAAAAACAAAAAUACAGUGAGCUACAGAGCUUCACCCGAAACCUACUGAAUGCCGUGAAGAACGACGACAAGGAGAAACAGCAGGAGCUGUUGGCCAGCCUACCUCAGGAAGCGGAAGACUGGGAGAUGAGUCCAGAGAGAGAGGAGGAGCCUGGCGCCUCUGCCAUCACCAUCCAGAGCUGUUCCUCUGUGCCAGAGGAGAUGGGGGACCAACUACCCCCGUGACCAUGGCCCCUCGCUCACUUUCCCUACUUCCUCCACACCCACUGAGCACUCCACAAGGUGCCUGCCAACACACACACAACUACUGGGCUUCAAAUGCCUUUUUUUCUACUACAUAUCAGACAUUCAGUCCCACAACAAUA